GUCAACCUGCAACGCAAAGAAAAAUACAGGAAAACAACAAACAAACAAAUACGGAUAACACUCGGAUUUUGUUUCGUUUUCAUUGUAAAAGGCACGUUCAGAUGACAUAUUGAGCGAUGCGUAAAAAUGUGCAUUCUGUUUAACUAACAGUAGAGUUUUACCUACAAAGUUUGAAUUGCAUUUAGUUUUCUAAACAACUUGUUUUAAACUACUCUGCCGAUCGUUUUUGUUAUUUGGACUUACCUUCCAUCCAAUGCUAAAAAUGACCGAGGAGCACGACAAGUCCCUUAACGAGCCCCCGUGCAGUCCUGCGGGGACCACGAGCUCCAUGUCCCAGGAUGACUCGGAUUCGGAUGCCCCGUCCUCCCCGACGGGAUCCGACGGGCACGGGUCUCUGCUCAUGCCGGCGAUGGGCAAAAAAAUGGACAGCGACGAAGACGACCGGUUCCCCGCCUGCAUCCGAGACGCGGUGUCGCAGGUUCUGAAGGGAUACGACUGGUCGCUCGUCCCCAUGCCCGUGAGGGGAAACGGAUCGCUGAAAAAUAAGCCCCACGUUAAAAGACCGAUGAACGCCUUCAUGGUUUGGGCGCAGGCUGCGCGCAGAAAACUAGCGGACCAAUACCCCCAUCUCCACAACGCGGAGCUCAGCAAGACUUUGGGGAAGCUGUGGCGCUUGCUGUCGGAGAACGAGAAGAGACCGUUUGUCGAAGAAGCAGAGAGGCUUAGGGUCCAACACAAGAAAGACCACCCGGAUUACAAGUACCAGCCCCGCCGGAGGAAGAGCGUGAAGCCCGGUCAAAGUGACUCUGAUUCAGGGGCAGAACUUAGCCAUCAAAUGUACAAGGCCGAGCCGGGCAUGGGCCUGGCGGCCGUAGGAGAUGGACAUCACCCCCAUCACCACCAAGAACACACAGGUCAGCCUCACGGUCCCCCUACACCCCCCACCACCCCUAAAACUGACCUGCACCACGGUGGGAAGCAAGACCUCAAACACGAGGGCAGGCGGUUGCUGGACAGCGGCAGGCAGAACAUCGACUUCAGCAACGUAGACAUCUCAGAGCUCAGCACCGACGUCAUAAGCAACAUGGAGGCCUUCGACGUUCACGAAUUCGACCAGUACUUGCCAGUCAACGGUCACGCUGCAGCCGCCGCCGCCUUGCCCUCUGACCACAGUCACGGACAGAAUCCAGCGACAGGCGGCGCGUACACCUCCACCUACAGCCACCCCGGUGCAAACGGAGCGGUCUGGAGUCGCAAAAGCGCAGCGUCAUCCUCGUCCCCAACGGGCGGCGAAGCGGGCCCACAGAGGCCGCACAUCAAAACGGAGCAACUGAGUCCCAGUCACUACAGUGAGCACUCACACGGCUCACCGUCCCAUUCCGACUACGGCUCUUACAGCGCCCAGACAUGCGUCAGCUCCACCGCCUCCGCCCCGGCCGCCACUUCCUUCUCCAGCUCCCAGUGUGACUAUACAGACCUCCAGAGCUCAAAUUACUACAGCCCAUAUACCGGGUACCCAUCUAGCAUUUACCAGUACCCAUACUUCCAUUCCUCCCGCCGGCCCUACGGAAGCCCUAUCCUAAACAGCUUGUCCAUUCCGCCUUCCCACAGUCCUACUAACUGGGAACAGCCGGUGUACACCACAUUAUCCAGACCAUGAGCACCUGCGUUGUAAAUAGACUUUCCAUCCAUCGCUAACCAAGUGUUACGGAAGUUUUCUGCACUAACGAAGGAAUAGAAUUAGGUGGGGCGCACAGCCAUAAACGAGAAAGAAUAUAUACGCAUACAUAUAUACACGAAUAAAAGUGCCUGCUGAUUUAAUAUAAACUUAGGUAAUUCUGAAGAAGAUGUGCCAUUGUUUUGUUAGGCUGUUCCUAUUUCGUCUCGGACUCCACUGAAGAAACCGACGCGUCUGUUCAUGGACCGCGAGCGGGAAUCCUCUGUGAGGACCACGUGAGAGUCACCGAACGCGCGCUCAGGUGCAUUCCCCUAGUGACGCGGGAAGCGGAGCGGCGUGCAGAGCGAGCAGGGCGCACCCGGGCAGACGCUGGCGGUGAAGCGGGUGGAAGACACACCCAUCGCCGCAGACGCUGGCGGUGAAGCGGGUGGAAGACACACCCAUCGCCGCAGACGCUGGUGGUGAAGCGGGUGGAAGACACACCCAUCGCCGCGCACGGGGACCGAAUACACGAGCUCCAAGUCAUCCUCGUGUAGAUUUUAACUGUCCGGUGCCAGCCAGCGCACACCGCAUCUGCACAAUAUCUAUUCCAUUCUAUUCCACCAAACCCGUUUUCAACUAUAUUUCCUCUAUGUCAAGGGUUGUCCUUUGUUUUCAAGAUCGCAAAUAUGUAUUUAAUUUUGUUGCAUCGUUGUUCUUUUUUUUCAGUUAGCUGAAUAAUUGUGUCAUAUGUUUUGGAGAGGGAGCAUCUCCAGAAACAUUUCAUAUCAGCGAAUGAAUUGUAAUUCUAUGCAUUUGGUAUGUCACAACCACUUUUCGAUUUUUUUUUAUGCCUUUAUAAAUAACAACACAUAUUUCCAUUCCCGUUCGUUAAAACAUGCGAGCAAUUACACUAACAAAGACCAGCGGAGUGCCAUGAGAUUCAACAGGUGUCCAGUGCGCUGCUUGCCGAAUUGCGAUUAGUCACGACGCGAGGGUUAAAGGAAAUGGGUAACAUAACACGACACGCGCUUGAGUGAUGGGCCAGCUGGAGCCGGUGCUUAAGUGGACCGGAAGACACACGGUGCAGUUGACCCGUCAAGCGUCCCGGGUGUCAUCUAUGCAUAGCUCUGUUUCCAUGGAAAGCCAGACCCACUCACCCACACAGGUUCGGGAGAUUUUGUCAGCAAAUUGUCUUCAAGCUUUUUCUCACAAUGGCCAGCAGAACUUUGGAGCGUGGUCAUUUACGCAUAAACCCAUACGGAACACGAGUGAGGAAAAGCUAGUUUGUAAUAUUUAGAAUGCAGGAAUUAGGGGAUCUUUGUGUCCCUUAAAAUUAGCCCAUCAUUGUCAAGUUUGUAUGUGUCUGCGUGUCUAUACUGUAUGUAUUUCUACUAGGUAUAUUGUAUGCCGGGCAUAUGAUAACUUUGUACACAUUUAACACUAACUUGUGCCUUUAAAUGCUUAUUUUUCUAAAACUUUCUUGUUGGAUUUGUUCUUUAAUAAAACAAAAAAUAUGAGUUGCAUGCAACAUGCAGUCAAUCUCCUCCAACAGAAGAACGAAGGAAAAUACUGGAACAUUUCAAACUGGUGCUAUUAGUUUAACCGUUUAAAAUGACACUUGUAUCGAUCUUUUGAAAACUUGGAAAAUGUACCAAGUGUAAAUUUACGGACUGUAACGCCCCAUAACAAUUUGUAUAAACCUAUGACCACGAACGUUGUUUAUUUUUACUUGUUUUACUCUUAACGUUGUAUAUGCAAUGAAUCAUUUGCAAAAUGUGUUUAUUUCCAUGUUCACUAGAAAAUUCUCACAAGCACGGUUAAUAUUUUUG